AAUAAUAUAAGAACGGAAUCAUCAAUCUCGUGUAAGUGUAACGGAAACUUUUAUUCAGUUUCAUAGCUGUGUGGAGACGACAACUGCCACCCAUUCCCAAAGAGACAGAGAGGCUACACCUUUACCUCGUUGUUUGUUCCUCUUCCAAUUUUAUUAUUUAUAAUUUCUGUUAAACCCGUUUGGAAAGAACACGCACGCGUUUUCUUUGCUUCUCCACUAAGAUUUCGAAAGCCCUGCGACCAAACGACUAUUCGCUUUUGGAGUAGCGAUCGAUCUGGUUUUGAUUGAUUCUUCUUUUCGAAGGAAGGCCUAAAUAGAGAGGACGCAAACAUGUGGUUGACGAUGGGCGAGGCCGGAGCCAAUAACUGUUCUAAGAAGAGCGAUGAUUUGUGCAGCAAUGUUUGUGGCCAGGAAUCAAGUCAAGCAUCUGGCAUGUCAAGAAUCCGCUGCAUUUUGCGUGGUUUUGAUUUGAAAACGUUAAUAUUCCUGCUUGCCGUUGUGCCAAUGUGCGUCUUUGGAAUCUAUAUACAUGGACAGAAGAUCUCGUACUUUCUGCGGCCACUAUGGGAAAAACCGCCCAAGCCUUUCAAUGUCAUCCCUCAUUACUAUAACGAAAAUGUUACAAUGGAGAAUCUCUGCAGACUACAUGGCUGGGGAGUCCGUGAGUACCCAAGACGUGUUUAUGAUGCUGUGUUGUUUAGUAACGAGUUGGAAAUACUUACCUUGCGUUGGAAAGAAUUGUACCCAUACGUUACUGAAUUUGUUAUCCUUGAGUCAAAUUCUACGUUUACUGGAAUUCCUAAGCCUCUGGUUUUCAAUAGCAAUAGGGCACAGUUCAAGUUUGUUGAGCCCCGGUUAACUUAUGGGACUAUUGGUGGGAGAUUUAAGAAAGGAGAAAACCCAUUUGUUGAGGAGGCAUAUCAGCGUGUGGCAUUGGACCAGCUCCUUAAGAUAGCUGGUAUAACUGACGAUGACUUGUUGAUUAUGUCUGAUGUGGAUGAGAUACCAAGUGCUCACACUAUUAACCUCUUGAGGUGGUGUGAUGAAGUACCUUCAAUCCUUCAUCUACAGCUGAAGAACUAUCUCUAUUCAUUUGAGUUUCGUCUGGAUGACAAGAGUUGGAGAGCUUCAGUUCACAGGUAUCAGACUGGUAAGACAAGGUAUGCACAUUAUCGCCAGUCUGAUGAGUUAUUGGCGGAUGCUGGUUGGCAUUGUAGCUUCUGCUUUCGUCGAAUCAGUGAUUUCAUUUUUAAGAUGAAAGCCUAUAGCCAUUAUGAUAGAGUCAAGUUCUCUCAUUAUUUGAAUCCCGAAAGAAUUCAGAAAGUUAUAUGUAAAGGGGCUGAUUUAUUUGAUAUGCUGCCUGAGGAGUACACUUUCAAGGACAUCAUUGGUAAAAUGGGACCAAUACCCCAUUCAUAUUCUGCAGUUCAUCUUCCUGCUUUUCUUUUGGAAAAUGCGGAGAAGUACAAAUUUCUCUUGCCCGGAAAUUGCAGGAGAGAGAGGUGAAUAUGAUCUUGGAAUUUAUCAUACCGGCUUCUGGCUAAGCUUGUAGCUUGUGCAGCUCAAGUGACUCCUCUUGGAGGUUUUUAUCUGAGGUUGUGAUCAUUGUGUGUCACUGAUAUAUGACUAUCAUUGUCCCGUGAGAUAUUCUUUGGGAAUUCAUUCAUUGAGUUCAGACAUUCUUUGAUCUAGGGGAAAUUCUGUACAUAAGUUAGAGUUGGACUUCAUUGAAGAGGGGGAGCAGCAUGCAUCUAUUUUGAAGAGCGAUUUAAAGUGCUUUUUUGAGAGUAUGCUUGACCUCAUGAACUUCUGUGUCUAUUUGGUGUUAGUGUGGCUGAUCCCCAGAUACACGACAGACUGGUUUAAAAUUCCCCACCUUUUCCUGGUUGGGAAGUUUUGUUUUGCAGACCAUUUUAUUUUCUUAUUGUUCUUUGUCUAUGCUAAAUAUGAAAUCUGAUUGUUUAUUCUAUAUUCAUAACAUUGCUGACUUAGUUCCCCGCAUUGUAUAAAUAUAGCUUGGUUGCUAUUAAUUGGAUACGCUGUUCC